AUGCGGAGCCUACGGCCGUCAGCAUCAUCGUCACUAUUAGUGCUCACUUGCGCGCCGACAAAAAGUAUAGAGAUUCUACCUAGCCGCUGCGACGUGUUUCUCUUCCGACUGUUUGCGAAACGGAGGUAUGCUACCGCACCGCCCGCUGCUGCUGCCGUGUCUGCCUCGAUACCUCUCAGUAGCAGCAGCAGUAGUCAACGUAUAUCUGAGUUUUUCCGGUCAAAUGGAGAACUCGCCAGCAAUACGAGGAAUUACAGUGCAAGAUCCGCACCGUUCACGCCCGCUGCUCUCUGCCACCCUCCCCCGCCGCCAAUUUCCCCACGCCGCCCGCCAUCAAUCUACUCAAGCUACUUCCAGCUCGCAAAGCCGCGGCUGACAGCACUCAUCGUCCUCAGCACGAUGUCGGCCUACGCAAUCACGCCUGAGUCGGCAAUCAUCUCCAACAUGUCGCACUUUCCGCUCUCGUCGCUCUCGACCCUCUUCUUCCUCACCGUCGGCACCACGCUGACCUCCGCGGCCGCCAACGCGCUCAAUAUGGCGCGCGAGCCGGAAUAUGACGGGAUGAUGUCUCGGACGCGCACGCGGCCGAUCGUGCGUGGUUUUGUCUCGCCUCUACAGGCGGUUUAUUUCGCGAUUGCAACCGGCGCGGUCGGCACAGGCAUGCUGCUGUACGGCGUCAACGAACAAGUCGCGCUGCUCGCGGUCGCAAACAUCGCGCUCUACGCAGGCCUCUACACGUCCAUGAAGCGCACCUCGAUCCUCAACACCUGGGUCGGCGCCGUCGUCGGCGCCAUCCCGCCUCUCAUGGGCUGGAGCGCCGCCGGCGGCUCGCUCCUCGACCCCGGCGCGUGGUGUCUCGCGGGCCUGCUCUACGCGUGGCAGUUCCCGCACUUCAACGCGUUGUCGUACAAUAUCCGCGAGGAGUACCGCAACGCGGGCUACCGCAUGGCGGCGUGGGUCAACCCUGCGCUGAACGCGCGCGUGUCGCUGCGGUAUUCGGUCGCGAUGAUCCCGCUCUGCGUGGGCCUGUGGUACUUUGGCGUGACGGACGCAGGGUUCGUGAUUGACAGCACGGCCGCUAACGCAUGGCUUGUUGCCUGUGCGGUCUCGUUCUGGAAGGAAUGCAGGCCUGGCGGGCGAGGCGGUGCAGCGGCUAGUGCGAGUGCGCGGAAACUGUUUUGGGCGAGUAUCAUGCAGUUGCCGGCGGUGCUUGUGCUUGCGAUGGUGCACAAGGCGGGCUUUUGGCAGGGGGUCUACGAUUAUCUGCAGGAGGCGCUAGGUGCAGCCGAGGAUGAAGAGGAGGAGGACGGAGAGGAAGUGGAGCAGGAGCACAUCGUGACCGUCGCCAAGGGCUGA